AUGGAUAGCAUUAGAGAAAGACUUUUACAAUUGGACUAGCAAGCCUAACAAUUCUAACAAUAAAAUAAAUACUUAGAAGCUUUGAAUGUUUUUGAGGAGAUGCUGAUGAUAAAGAAGUCUGCAUAUGGUGAGGAUUCUGAAGAAUAUUUCAAAACUAGUGAUAAAUUGUGUGAAUUAUGUAACUUAAUAGCUAUGAUUUUCUUACAAAAAGAAAAAUUCGAUGCUUCAUUAGAGUUUUUAAAGAAGGCAGACCUAUUAGCAUAAUCUAGUACUAGAUAUAAAGCGAUAACCUACAACAAUUUGGCUUGUUUCUACAGAAGAAAUGGGAAACUCAGAAGUGCUCUGUAAUAUUUGUAAUAAGCAUUGGAAAUAGAAAUUAGACAGGAAGCCGCACCAUCUUUGGCUGACACCCAUUUAAAUAUGUGUGCUGUCCUAUCAUAAUUAAAUAGAGUAAGGAAUGUUAUAUAAUAGCACGCUGAUGCAUUGGAACAUGCCACGAUAGAUUAACGACACCUCUCCAGCUAUAAAUAUUAAAAGGGGUUCAUGUAAAAUAUUAAGGAGGGGUAAAAAUAUUUAAAGGGGGGUUCGCAAAAAUAUUAUUUAGGGGGGGAUAAAAUGUUCGAAGUGUGA